AUGAGGGAUGCUGUAAAAAAUAUAGGCGGUCCUUUUGCAGUACCCAUACUGGGAUGCAUACACCUAUUAGCGGAAAUAAACCCUCAGAAUAUCAAAGAGAAGGGUGAAGAAAUAUUUGAUAAAUACGGUCGUCUCUUGAAAAUAUGGGCCUUUAACCGCCUGCUCAUUUGCAGCUCCGACGUUGAAUUUAAUGAGCAGGUAUUUGCCAGUAAUGUUCACAUUUCCAAAGUGCAAAUAUAUGGUGUUCUCCAGAACUGGUUGGGGCUGGGUCUUCUUUUGAGUGAUGGCAAGAAGUGGCACUCAAGACGCAAGAUCAUUACACCAACAUUCCAUUUUAAGAUUUUGGAACAAUUUUUGGAGGUCUUCGAUAGUCAAUCAACUGUCCUGCUGGAUUGUUUGGCCGAAAAGGCCGAUGGCAAAAGUGUCGUGGAUGUUUAUCAAUAUAUCAGUUUGUAUACUUUGGAUAUAAUUGCUGAGACGGCAAUGGGUACCAAAGUCCAUGCCCAGACGAAUAAGACUAUGGAUUAUACGACGGCCGUAAAAGAAAUGACAGAUCUGGUGAGUUGGCGCGUGCUACGUCUGCAUCUGAACAGCGACUUGCUUUUCACAAUUCUACAUCCAUUUAAGAAGAUGCGUCAAAAUCAGCUAAUAAAAAUUUUGCAUAAUUUCACCAAGAAUGUCAUUGAAGAAAGGCGCGCCUUUUUGGAGAAAAAGUUAAAACACGAUUCGGACAACCUGAUGGAUAUAAAUGAUGUGGGCUCGAAAAAACGAUGUGGCCUUCUAGAUGUUUUGCUACAAUCGACGGUGGAGGGUCAACCAUUGUCUGAUGAAGACAUUCGUGAGGAAGUCGAUACAUUUAUGUUUGAGGGACAUGAUACGACGGCCUCAGCAUUGAGUUUCUUAUUGCAUCUUCUCUCCAGAGACGAACGAGUUCAGAAUAAACUAUUAGCUGAAGUUCGUGAGGCCUAUGGAUAUAAAGAAAUCACAGAACCUUUUACACUGAUGAAUUUGAAUGAACUGAAAUAUUUGGAUUGCGUUAUCAAGGAGGGUCUGCGGCUGUUUCCAUCUGUUCCCAUUAUCGGACGUUCCAUUAAGGAAGAUUUUAAAUACAAACACUCGAAAUAUGGCGAAGGUGUUAUACCCAAGGGAACAGAGUUGAUAGUAUCUUUGAUUGCUACCUUGCGGAAUCCAGAACGUUUUGAUAAUCCCCAUGAUUUUAUACCCGAACGUCAUGAGAAUUCCGAUGGACGCAACAAUUUGGGAGCAAGUGCUUUCAGUGCUGGCGCUAGAAAUUGUAUUGGUCAGAAAUUUGCUUUGUAUGUCAUGAAAAUUACCAUGGUAAAACUAAUUCACAAAUAUGAAUUUUUACCAUUGGGUGAACCAAUACGACCCAUUGUAACAAUUGUUAUUCGAUCUGAGAAUGGCAUGCAGUUGGGUUUGAGAGAACGUGUUGCUUAGGUUUAAGAAAUGUAAACAUAU